GAGAGAGCGGCUCGCCAGGGCCAGGCGCAGCCCCUGUGCCGCCGGAGGCUGCUCCCGUGGAUUUUGUGAAUCGAGCUGGGCGGGCUCUCGCUCCCCCUCCGGGCGCCGCCUUCCCCGACGCAUUUAAACGAGCCAAGUUUCCACUUCGCUUCUGAGUGGCAGCGUUCCACCCUCGCAGCCGGGCGGAGCGUGGGCAGCGCUGGGUACCACUCGGGCCAAGCAUCCCUCGGCCGCCCAGCACGCACCUUAACGCAACGUCUUCGUGGCAGCAGCACGCGGGUCCCUUGCACCUGCAGCCCAUGGACUCGGCGGCGGGGAACGUCUCCAACAGCUCGGAUCCGUACUCCAAAGGGCCGGACGAGGAAGAUCUGGACGUGAACACCGACAUCUACUCCAAAGUCAUGGUCACGGUCAUCUACCUGGGGCUCUUCCUGGUGGGCACCAUCGGCAACUCCAUCACCGCUUACACGCUGGUGCGCAAGAAGUCCCUGCAGAACCUGCAGAGCACGGUGCACUACCACCUGGCCAGCCUGGCUUUCUCUGACCUGCUCAUCUUCCUCCUGUGCAUGCCCAUCGAGCUGUACAACUUCAUCUGGGUGCACCACCCCUGGGCCUUCGGGGACGCCGUCUGCAAGGGCUACUACUUCCUGAGAGACGCCUGCACCUACGCCACCGCCCUCAACAUCGCCAGCCUCAGCGUGGAGCGGUACAUGGCCAUCUGCCACCCCUUCAAAGCCAAGAGCAUCAUGUCCAGGAGCAGGACCAAGAAGUUCAUCAGCUGCAUCUGGGUUGCCUCUUUCCUGCUGGCCAUCCCCAUGAUCUUCACCAUGGGCGAGAUCUACGGCAGGGACCAGCAGCCCGACUCUCUGAUCUGUACCACCAUUGUGGAAGCCUCUACGCUUAAGACUGUCAUUCAGGUCAACACGUUCAUCUCCUUUGUGUUUCCAGUGGUCGUCAUUUCUGUUCUGAAUAGUAUCAUCGCCAACCAGCUCAUUAUCAUGUUCAAGCAAGCGGCACAAGAAAACCAGGUCUGCAUUAUUGGAGGGCAGCAGACGAUGCUCAGCAUGUCCAUGGAGCCCAGCCGUGUGCAAGCUCUGAAGCAUGGAGUGAGAGUCCUGCGUGCUGUUGUGAUUGCCUUCGUGGUCUGCUGGCUUCCUUAUCAUGUACGGCGUCUCAUGUUUUGCUAUGUUCCAGCAGAUCACUGGACAGAGUUCCUUUAUAACUUCUACCACUAUUUCUACAUGUUGACAAAUGUCCUCUUCUACGUCAGUUCUGCCAUCAAUCCCAUCCUCUACAACCUGGUGUCUGCAAACUUCCGCCAGAUCUUCCUCUCCACACUCAUAUUCCUGUGCCUGCCAUGGAGGAAGAAGAAAAAGAGACCUAGCUUCACCAGGAAGUCCAACAGCAUCUCUAGCAAUCAUACGUUUUCCAGCCAAGUCACUAGGGAAACAACAUACUGAGACCCGAAUGAAGUCAAAGGAAGGAAGGAUGUGUUUCAACAUGGAUUUAGGACAUGAGAGAGACCUCUGAGACCUUAAUGCAUGGUCUCUAAAUUCAUUGUAACACGAAUGUGUUUAGCAGUCUCAUUUCUGUUGGAACAAAUAGGCUUCGUUCUGCCAAUAACUUUGGGUUUAUUUUAAAGCAUCAGCCUUGCCUCUUGUGAAUAAUGUCUAUGCAUUUUGUAACUUCGGUAUGGCAUAGAUUCCGAUGCAGUGUUAUCUGGGAAGCCAUAGCACUUCUUCAGCCUAUAAAUGUCAAGCUUAGACAACUCAUAUUGUGCUUCGUCCUUUUCUCCAUGCAGAGAUGCCAUGCUAAAGUUGAAGAGCUCAACAUCGUUUCUCUUGGUGGCACUGAGCUGAGACUUUAAUGAGGAGCAAGGCAGUUUUGAGUGAAAAGGGAUAUUUUUUGACGGGGGGGGGGGAGGGAGUAGUAAUCCGAGAGGUAAUAAAAGAAAGAGGAAUGAAAAUAAUGGAAUCAGUAGGGAAUAUAGCACUCAGGGAGCAAGGUGGCUAUUUAUAGAACUCAUUCUGAAUUCUGAUUAAUUAGACCAGGGUGUCCAGGACCCCCAAUUUAGUGUCCCUAUAUUAAAUAAUAAAACAAUGAUAAUGCCUUAUCUAGAUUAGGAUGGUACCUUGAAAAACACCGUUCAGUGCUCUUAGGGGACAAGGAUCAUCUUUUUGUUAGGUGUGUGUACAAUGCCCAGCACAAUGGGGCCUCGAUACCUAUUGAAUCAUUUCAGCAAGGUUAUCACACAAAUACAUAAAAUAAUAAAUAAUAAUAAUAAUGACAAAGUCUAGAAUGCUAAAAUCGAGGCAUAUCUUAUUGUUAAAAACAAAUAAGAGGGCAAUCUUACAUUUGCUUCAUAGCCAAAUCCCAUUUUUACCACUGAAAAAAGGUAAAAAGUUAGUUGAGCCAUAUCAAGAGGUAAGU